CGGGCGGGACAUCCGGCGGCAGUGAGCGUGGUUGAGGAGCGCGUUGAACGACAGGCCCGGCGGGGAGAGACUCGCUCGCUCGCUCGCUCACACAGGGGAUAUGUAUUGACGUCGAGUGAGCUCUCCUCCGCGGUCGCCGACCGAAUGUCUUAGCGAAGUGAAACAAAAGUUUUUUUUAAAAAAAAUAUCAGGGAGAGAAAGCGAGCGAGAGGAGGACGAUUAGUCCGUCUGUCGGUUUCUUUUUUUUUGGGGGGGGGGGGAGGAGGAGGGGGUUGUAAAAAGAAACCGUAGCAUGUAACUUGUUGCGGUGGAAGCGGUGGUAAAGUGUGAGUAGCACAGAGGCGCCAUUUUGUUCCUCUCUUUUUUGUAAGACAAACUCUCCGCGGCACUGAACCCCCCCCCCCCCAGAGACACCGACCGACCGACCGACUGACAGAGCGAGAGAGAGAGAGAGAGAGCGAGAGAGAUUAUGGCGAAGAAAACCUAUGACUUGCUCUUCAAGCUGCUGCUGAUCGGAGACUCCGGGGUGGGCAAAACCUGCGUCCUCUUCAGGUUCUCGGACGACGCCUUUAACACCACUUUUAUCUCUACAAUAGGAAUUGAUUUUAAGAUCAAAACGGUGGAAUUACAAGGAAAAAAGAUUAAAUUACAGAUAUGGGAUACAGCAGGACAGGAACGAUUUCACACGAUCACCACCUCCUAUUACAGGGGAGCAAUGGGAAUCAUGCUAGUCUAUGACAUUACAAAUGCCAAAAGCUUUGAAAACAUCAGCAAAUGGUUGAGGAACAUAGAUGAGCAUGCGAAUGAAGAUGUAGAGAGAAUGUUGCUAGGCAACAAGUGUGACAUGGAAGACAAGCGAGUGGUGCCAAAAGCAAAAGGAGAACAGAUUGCCAGAGAACAUGGGAUUAGGUUUUUUGAGACUAGUGCGAAAGCUAAUAUCAACAUUGAGAAAGCAUUCCUCACAUUAGCGGAAGAUAUACUUCGAAAGACUCCUGUAAAAGAACCUGACAGGGAAAACGUAGAUAUCAGCAGCACGGGCGGAGUAACAGGACUGAAGAAAUGCUGUAGCUGAACGUUCUCUGUGCAAAUCCAACUUUUGCGUUCUAUCUAAAAUGUUCUUUCCCAUUUAAAACAAAAACAAAACUCUUCAUUACCCUUAGUUAUUACAUCUUGCCUGCUUGAUGACAGAACGAAUUUUGAAAAAUGUAUAGAAUCAUGUCUGUGACCUACUGUCAUUUUAAAUGUGUGUGCUCAGCUCACCACUACAUUUGGUUGUAUUAUAGUUAAAAUUCAUUAUCAAAGUAACAAUGGUUUCAACUCAGCAAAUUGUAUAAGAAUAAAAGUUAGAAUUAACAAUUUUUUUGUACAACAGUGGAAUUUCCUCUCAUGUAUAAUGUACUUGUUUUUAAUUUGUACAUUUGUGCAAAAAGUGAAAUAUGAGGCACCCCGUAGACUGCUUUCUUUUGUAGGUGGGAUUUGAUUGUCUUGUGCCUUAAUUGGAAACGGGCGUUAAUGUUAACAGCUGCUGAGGUGGAAGACCAGUUCUUGGAGUUGGCUGUUUUAUACAAUUACUGUGAUACAAAACCAUUACAGCUGUCGAUGUCGGAACAGUUUUUUUGUUUAACUUCAGUAUUUCUUGAUCAAUAUUUCCUGGUUUUGCAGACUUUCUCGGCAGAUGCUGUUUCUCGGGUUUUAUGCUGUUCCAUUGAGGAGGAAAUUGAAAGUUUGUUAUUGCAUGUAAUAGCUGCAUUUUUUUUAUCAAGGGUGACGUGGUUCUCAUUUCUUUAACUGUGCAGUUCUCCAGAAUUGGACCACUGAACACAUAUUUCAGGACGGCUAUGUAUUUGGGGAUUUCUGAGUAAGGCAGUCGACUGUGUCCUGAUAAGCUAGCAGCGCUGUAGCCUGAAACAUGCUCUUUGCAUGCUGCCAAUAUCAGCAUGUCACAUUUUGCAGGAACUCUUGGUAUAUUUCUUGUGGUUGUUCUGCUAAUCAGUGUUCCCCCCUCCCCCCCCCCCCUUCAGCCACUAGAAGUAUAUAUUCUUAGGUUUUACUAUUUGCUGCAUAACUUUCAAAUUGCUAAAUGUGUUCAGUUUUCUAAUCGCUUGAUUGGAUUUUUUUAAUGUUGUGGCUUUUUAAGAUCUUCAGGUGGUUGUUGCUGCAUAGACUCUUGGAAGUUUGCAAGUGAUAUGGUUCAAAAACCUUUUGGAAUGGACUACUUUCCAAUGAAUGAGAAUUAUAAAUGUGUGAAAAUGUUGGGAUGCUGCACAAUGUGAUGUCCAUCAAAGGCAUGUUUCAGGCAGCUCUUUUGCUGCUUUUUCUGGAUUGAUCUUAAUGUAUAUUAAGUUGACAAAAACCAAAGCUUGGACCCUAGACUAUACCGAAUGGCUACGUUCCUGAUAUAUUGAGCACAGUCCUUUUUCAGUGUAAAAUUGCUUUCACCCUAAUUUUUAUCCCCACUGAACAUAAGGGAAUAUACAAAGUACCGGCAACCAAUGUAAUCAGUUCUUUGUUUACGCUAAUGGGCUGUUGCCUAAUAUAGUGGUGCUUAGCCUUUAUGUACAGUUCUUUGGGAUCAUUGUGUAGACCUUGUGGUGACCAACAACAGAAUUGAAUAAAUCUCGUUAGCAGUCCACUCCAGCACUGGAGGCUGUAGAUUUAGUUUAAUACUUCUAAUAUUACUAAAUUGUCAAUAAAAUUUCUAGAUGUUUACUGUUAUGUUAAUGUUGAAUUUUGGGAAAGUAGAGUAUUGUUGGCUUGUAUAUUUACCUAUAUUAUGCUGGUAAAUUAACAGAAAUAUUAAAUGCAAUGAAUUAAAGUCGUUUGAACUCGGUCA